AUGUCUUCUUCAUCCCCUAUUAGAACGCCCCUAUGUGAGCUCUUGGGCAUCCAGCAUCCCAUCCUCCUCGCAGGAAUGGCGCGCACAUCUGGUGGACCACUAGCGGCCGCUGUCUCCAGUGCAGGCGGUCUCGGCACAAUUGGUGGACUCGGCUAUAGCCCAGCACAGCUGGACGAGAUGCUAGUUGAACUGAAAUCACACCUAAAGUCCCCAGAUCUACCGUUUGGUGUUGAUCUUGCGCUUCCAAAGGUCGGAGAGGGUGCUCGGGCGACCAACCAUGACUAUACCCACGGACAGCUUAACGAGCUGAUCGAAGUAACGAUAAAGCAUGGUGCAAAGCUGUUUGUUUCUGCCGUUGGAAUCCCGCCGGCCCACACUAUUAAACGCCUGCAUGAGGCGGGAAUUCUUAUCAUGAACAUGGUGGGAGCUCCCAAGCAUGCGGAGAAGGCGCUGCGGGCUGGCGUGGAUAUUAUCUGUGCCCAGGGUGGUGAGGGAGGCGGUCACACGGGCGAUAUCCCGUUUUCGAUCCUUAUACCGGCCGUUGUUGACGUGUGUCGCAAGUACCGUAGCCCAAUGACGGGUAAACCGCCGCUCGUCGUUGCUGCUGGAGGUGUCAAUGAUGGACGCAGCCUGGCAGCCUCGCUCAUGCUGGGUGCGGCCGGUGUUUGGGUUGGUACUCGGUUUGUGGCAGCAGAGGAGAGUGGUGCCAGCCAGCUGCACAAAGAGGCAGUUGUGAGCGCUGGGUUUGGAGAUACUGUUAGAACCCUGGUGAUAUCCGGCAGGCCACUACGAUGUCGUGAAAACGAAUAUAUCAAAGAAUGGGAGAGUAAGCCUGAGGAAAUCCUACGGCUGACCAAGAGCGGUAUUGUACCGCUUAUGAAGGAUAUGGAGGAGGACAAGGAGGUUGAUUUUCCUUUUCUGAUGGGACAAGUUGCUGCCAUUGUCAAUGAUAUCAAACCCGCAAAAGAUAUUGUUGACUCCAUGGUUGCCGAAGCUAGGCAGAUGCUGGAGCUAGGAUAUUCUUAUAUGGAUGACAAGCACAGUAGUAAACUGUGA